UAGAGGUCACUUAAAAAAAAAAAAAAAAAGAAAUCCCCAGGCUAGGGCCAAUUAAGUCAGAAUCUCCAGGAGCUUCCUUCCAUCUUUUCGUAAACUCCUACUAAAGCUAUUUCCAUGUAUAGCUAAAACUUGUCAGGGCUCUGCACUCUCCCCCCUUUGUGUCCAAAGUCACUGACCUCCUGCAGACCAAGUCCUGUGGUUAGGGCUCGCCUCUAUCUGGCUGGGCCUCACACCCCCACAGCGCUAGUUCGGCCUACCCCCUUCGCCCCCUCUUCACUGCUCUCCCUGCUGUCUCCAUUUUCUCCCCUGGCCCUCAGACUCCCUCCCUCCCCAGGGUGGGGGAGGGCAAGGCCUUAGCUACUAUCCACCCAACCCACCCACCCCCAAAUCUGCCAUCCCAGCUGGGCCCUCUGCCCCCCACAGCUGUCCACAACCCAUGUGACAUCUGCCCCUAUAAUAGGGAAGUCCUGCUCAGAGCUGAGAAUCUGACAGUGGGGAAGUGUGGAAAUGAGGCAGGCAGAUGAGGAAACGAGCCGGCAGAAGGGCCUCACCCAUCACGCUCUCCAAACUCCUGAGUCUCCUGGCCCAGAGCUGACCAUGCCCCUUACCCCCAGAGAACUCCCCCUCCCAAGGAGGCCCUCAGGGCCUGGCACGGAGUCCUCCCUGGAGACCAGAAGUCAGCCAGCCCCCAGAAACACAAACAACUGGUGGCCACAUUGGGCAUGUGCUCACAGCCGAUGCAUGAAGCAUGGAGACCAUGGAGACAGUAGCAGGCAGGACAGGAACUCAAGUGCCAGGCAGGAUCUGGGGACAGGCAGGGGCUGUCUCCGCCUCCUUUUCUUCCUCCUGUGUCCUCCCCACCCCGCCAGCAUCCCCCACCCCCGUGGGGCCCGGGGAGCAGAAGCCACAGUCACUUCCUGAAGGCACCGGCCCAGCUCAGGUCCCACUUGCCCUGUGGCCCAUCACCCGCCUGCAAGCAUGGGGAGCCAUCAGGACUUCCGGAGACUUCAAGCAAAGUUCCAGGCCUCUCAGCUUGAGACCAGCGAACACCCCAAAAAACCCCUGAAGCCUGAGUUCAACAAACUUCUAAAGAAGUUUCCACCACCUGAGCUAAGCGAGCACCCCAGGAAGCCCCUGCAGCCCAGCUGCACUGAUCUGCCCAGGAAGCCCCCCAAACCUGAGCCAAGUGAACCCUCCAAGAAGUUCCCACAGCUCGAGGCCCCUCAGAAAGCUUUGCAGCCUGAGGCUGUGGCCGGCCACCCUGCCAAGCCCCAACCAGAGCCCCAAUCCAGCACCUUCCCCAAGAAGCGCCAGCAGCCUGAGCCCAAUGAGGCCACCCCAAACCCCUCCCAGCCUGACUUCAGUACCUUUCCCAAGAAGCCCCCGCAGCCCGAGUUCAGUGUGCAUCCCAGAAAGCCCCCACAGCCUCAGGUUGGUGGCCUCCCUAAGAAAUCUCUGCCACAGCCUGAGUUUAGUGAGGUCCCUCAGACAGCCCCCUCGAAGCCUGAGUCCAGUGAGCCCCACCCCCACUCCUCACAGCCCAAUUUCAAUGCAUUUCCCAAAAAGAUCCCAGCCCCUCAGCUGAAUGACCUCCCCAAGAAGCUCCUGCACCCUGAUUUUGGUGACCUCACCAGGAGGUCCUCAGAGCCUGAAGUCAGUGUGUUUCCCAAGCGGCCACGGCAGUCUGAAUUCAAAGCACCCUCCAAGAAGCCCCUGCAGCCUGAGCUGGGGAGCCUCCCCAGAGUGUCCUCGGAGCCCGAGUUUGGCCUGCUCCCCAAGAAGUUUCUGCAGCCCGAGUCCAGUGCUCUGCCCAAGAAGCACCUGCACGCUGAGUUCUUUGGUGAUCUCCCUAAAAAGCCCCCCCUUCCUGGCUCUGUUUCGGAGAGCUCACUUCCCACUGCUGUCACAGCCUCCCGCCCCAGGCUCCCACUCAGCCCUGGCUUUGGAGCCAGGCAGCAGAGGUCAGGAGUUCCCAUUCACAGUGGAGGGUCGAGGCUGGGCCUCAAACCCAGCUACCCACCCCGGCGGAGGCCUCUGCCCCCAGUCAGCAGCCUGGGACCCCCUCCAGCCAAGCCGCCGCUGCCUCCUGGCCCCAGGGAUGUCCAGAACUUCCGGAGAGCCACAGCCGCAGCUCUGAGGAGGACCCGUUCUUCUGCUGGGAUCCACUCCCAGGCCCGACAGACUGAAGACAUCCCUCAGGACCAGGACGAGGCCUACGAGCUGUAUGACGACGUGGAGCCCACGGACAGCCCCAGCCCCAAGGGCAGAGAUGACAUGCCAUCUACCCAGCAACCCCCCAGGCCACCACAAGAUCCAGAACUCAGGAAGGAGAAGGCCCCCCAGCCACAGCAGUUGCCACCCGCAGACCCAAAGACCCUGAAGCAGAUCCGGAAGGCAGAGAAGGCCGAGAGGGAGUUCCGGAAAAAGUUCAAGUUUGAGGGGGAGAUAGUGAUUCAGACAAGGAUGAUGAUCGAUCCCAACGCCAAGACACGUCGUGGGGGUGGCAAGCACCUGGGGAUCCGGCGUGGGGAGAUCCUGGAGGUGAUCGAGUUCACCAACAAGGAUGAGAUGCUGUGCCGGGACACCAAGGGCAAAUAUGGCUACGUGCCCAGAACAGCUCUACUGCCCCUGGAAACGGAGGUGUAUGACGAUGUUGGCUUCUGGGGUAUGUAGAUGCUCUGGGUAGGCUGGAAGGGACCAGAGACCCUCUGGAGAGCCGACCAUCCCCCCGGGAACGGUAAGGCCCACAGGUGUGGGUACCCAGGACAACCGGCCAGGCCAGCAACCCACUAACCCAGGAGUCUUGGAUCCCAGAUUGGCAGUCACAGAACCACCCAGGCUCAUGCCUGCCUACAUACAUG